AUGCAGUCCUGUUCUCAAUUGGAUGGAGGCUUGCGUUUCCUGGAACAGUAUCUCAACGGGGGCACCCUUUCGGACAGUGCUCUACGUCGAGCCAACAAAAGUUUGCAGAGCAAGCUUGAACUCCUUGUGGGGGUAGGGGCAACCACUGGCCGAGAGGAAAUAGAGGCUGCAUUGAAGAUCCUGGAGGUCAUACAGACCUCAGAUCAGGAAGCAUGGACCAUGAUUUGCGACCUUUUGGACCCUUGGAACAAGGACAAGUUGUCCGUUAGAGAUUCAGAUUUCCCCGGAGGUGAGCAAGGACGCCUGGCAGCGUUGCGCUACAUGUACUUUCUGAACGAGCUUGUGCAGAAAAGCAACCCCGGGAAAGCACAGACCUAUCUCGAUGAAUGCCAGCGCUUCUUGGAAGAACUUCCCAGCUCGGCGCACUCCCACUUCAUGGUCAUCUUGCAUCAUGGGCGUUGUCGCCUGCCACAGCAUUCCAUGUCAAAAAAUUCCCUGGAGACAGCCAAGAAGAAUAUCCAGGACAUGAUGAACGAAAAGGACACCGAGAAGAAGAACAUCCUUGCAGUCGAUCUUGCCCAGAUCAACGAGUGGAUCUCGGAAGAGGUUGCACGAGAGGAAUGGCAGCGGAUUUUAUCUUGCGUGGAACAGGGCAACCUGCGAGAAGCAGUGGAGGUCUUCAACACGAUGUCUCCUGAUCGGCUAGCAACCGAUUCAGAGACUCUGGCCCUUCUGCAUCAGAAGGCUUGCGAAGAAAACAUGAAGCGCGGUAACCUGCAGGCGGCACAGGAGGAUUUGAAGAAAAGUGUGGACAUGCGGGCAAGGCUGCCUAAAGCUUGUGACCUCACAGACAUGUCGGCGCUAAUGGCAGUCAUUGAGGAAGUUGCCCAGAAAUGCCCUGGCUUUCACGUGGACAUAAUGCAAAUUUUGGGCAAGUUUGUGCACCAGAAGAAGCUGCCGAUUGGCCCCUACGCUCUAGCGGGGCUCCUCAUAAAGGUUCCUUGCAUGAGCAUCCUCAAGGGUUCCUGCUCCAACGAGGAUCCUGAGAAGAUCUUGGCAAACCACCUCAGCAAGUGCACCACGCUAAAGUUCAUGUCGGAGGCCGAUCCUUGUCCUUGGAAGGAGAGGGAAGUGGCUUCUGAGUUACAAGCAGUGCUUGAUAAGAUGCUUCGUCAGCCAACGGGGAUGACUCAAAGGCAGCAGCGGGCAAAAGCAAUGGCAGAUGCAAAGCAAAGGGACCGAACCACCCAAGUGCAGGAGCCACCAAGUCAGAAGGACAGGGCCUCGGUGCAGAGCCUUGAGGUGGCCUCCUUUUGCGAUGAUCUAAGAAAAGAGGUCAACCGCAGCUCAAAGAAAGCGAAAAAGCUCAGGGAGAAGCUUGUUCAGGUGGCCUCUCAGGCGAAGAGGACUGUGGGAGGUGUCAAGGACGAUCAUAUCAACAAUGCAAUGCGCAUUGCCAUGGACUACUUCAACAAGGACCCUGUGAUGCGUUUCGAGCUCACAUCCCUAUCGAAAUCUGAUCAGAAAAGCCUCAAGGACAAGAUGAGCUUUCUGCUCCUCUACUGUUUGUAA